AUGUUUUUCUUUGUAGGACAGGAAAAAAUAUGGCCACAUUUUGCCCUUGUCGAAUACAAAUUCGCGUUGAAGAAAGCCCUCGCCUCCGUAGCUGGUGACAAUUUAAUUCAUCUUCUUGAACGUUGCAACAAGUCUAUAGCCAACAUCCCUGGCCCAGAAUGCCGGCGCUUUAAGGCCCACCGUCAGCGAUUGAAAAGCAUCGUAGGUAAUAAACGACGUCACGCAAUACGCCAGGUGCAAAAGAAAAGAAAGAAAUGCCCAGUAUUUGUUUAUAUUUCUCCUCAAUUCACAUUCCAAUCUAUAAAUUUGUUGGCAUUUGCACGGUUUGAGGCGCAGAUAUCUGCUUACCAACUUCCUUUUUCCUUCGUGAGCGUUCAGACCGUUUUGGUGGGGCCAGUUGUUGCCAGUUUAUUUUUACUCUCUCUCCAUCUGAAUUCAAUUUUGAAUUUUUCUUUUCUCUCUUUCUCAUGUUGUUUCUUCUUUAUUGACACUACUUUUCUCCCUACUACAUUUUCUCUCCCACUUUUGAAAUUUCACUCUUAUUUCUUUCUUUCAACCUCAACCACAUUCUUUCUUAUCGUCUAA